AUGUGGGGCUAUAUAUCUUUUAUGGAGGAGGCAGAGUUUGUGAUGGCUGAGAAUGGUAGUUUAGAGUCUCAUGGUGACGGUAUUAAUGGCGUCCUCAAAGAGAAUGAGAAUCCGAAUGUUGAUUUUCUCGAGGACUUGGAUUCUUACUUUGAGGAUAUAAACGAUCGUUUGACUAUCUCGCGUACUGUGAGCGACUCGAUUAUAAGGGGAAUGGUGAAAGCAAUCGAGUCGGAAGCUGCUGAGAAGAUAGCUCAGAAAGACCUUGAAUUGUCAAGAAUCAGGGAGACGCUGUUUAUGUACCAUGUUGGCUCUGAAGAGAACGAAGCUUCUCCGAUGCAUGAUAAGGCGUGUAUAAACCCUCCAGGUGGAUCUUUACGCAGUGUUAAAUCUGAAGCGAAAAAACAGUUGUUGAUGCUCGUUGAUGAACUCACCAGUUUGAGAAAGUAUAUCCACAUGAAUAGAGCAGGCACCACCGUGGAUGACACAUUGGGUUUAGGCAGCAGUACUCAUGAGAGCGGGUCCAAAACACUCGAUAAAAUGCUUGUUUCCUUGAAGAGCAUUCUCGAGACUGAACUAGAGGCGAUUCGUAAAUCGCUUACGGAUCAUGAAAAUGGGGACAUCGAGGCAGGAGGGGAAGGGGACAGGAAAAGAGUAGAGCAAUUGCACCGCAAGAUGUCGGGAGGCAUUAGUUCAGCUGCAGACACAAAUGGUAAGCAUGAAGAGAAUUCUGAGACUUUAAAACACUUGUCAAAGGAUGAUCUGAUCAGUCACUUUAAGACUGAGAUGAACAAAAUGAAAAUAGACCAUGAUUAUGAGAUCCAGGAGAUGACGGAGCAGUGUUUUACCUUUAAGCGAAAGUACUUGAAUUUAAAGGAAAGGGGCUCUUUUUCUUUUGUUGGGAAGGAUAAGGAGCUAGAGGCGCUGAAAAAGAAGAUACCAUUUGUCAUCUCGAAAUUGGAUAAGAUCUUAUUGGAAGAUGGAAAGUUGGUGUCUGAAGGAAAGAACAAUGCUGAUUUUAAGAGCCGGCUGGAUUCUCUUCUUCUGGAAAAUCGCCUACUGAAAAAUUCACUUUCUGACGCUGCUGAAAAGAUGUCACAGCUUUCUCAGGCUGAGGCAGAUCAGAAAAAGUUGAUUCGAAAGCUCGAAUCAGAUGAUGGUGAUUCUCAUGUUGAAGCUUCUAUCUCUGAAGAUGUUUAUAGGUGUUUUGUGACGGAGUUUGUGGGCCAGGUUAAAUGUGCAAAAGAGGAGACAGAUUUGGAACAGAGCAUGAUGAGAGAAGCUUAUGAGCUGAUACUGGAAGAUCUUGCGACUAAAGUUGACCGUGAAAGCAAUGAUGAUUUUGUAGACUCUUGUGUUGAGUCUUUGCUUGGGGAAGAGUGUAGUGCGGUUAUAUAUAAAGAAGCCUUGAAGGAAGCUGAUAAGAAAAUUGUAGAGUUGAACAUGCAUGUAACAGAAAAUGUAGAAGCUCUGAGAUCAGAGAUGGUUGACAAGGAAAGAUUGAAAGAGGAGAUUCAUUGGCUGGAGUGUCUCGUCAAGGAGAAGGAGAAGUUAGCUCAAACAGCUGAGGAUAACUUAGAUACAGAGAGAAAGAAACUUGAGGCAGUCUCUCACCAGAUUAACGAUCUGCAAUCUCAGAUAAAGCAGCAACAAACAAAAAUUCAGGAGAAAAACGAAGCACUAAGAGUUAUUUCGGCACGCGAGCUAGAGAAAAUAGAAGGCUACGAGACGAAGAUAUCCGAUUUCAGAGAAGAGCUAGAAAUAGCAAGAGAGAAUUUGAAGGAAACCAAAGAUGAGAAAAGGAAAACCGAGGAGAAGCUAUCAGCGACGAAAGCAGAGAAAGAAACAUUUAAAAAGCUACUUCUGUCUCUGGACUUAGUUCCUCCUAAAUUGAUGCAAGGUUUCAACACUCUCGAGGGCUUGGUAGCAGAAAAGACGCAAAAAACGAAUUCCAGGUUGAAAAACAUGGACAGUCAAUUGUGUGAUCUGUCACAACAAAUCAGUGAGCUCAAGGGGAAAGCAUCGAUGUACAAGCAACGAUUCGAGAAAAAGUCUAGUGACCUCCUAAAGGCCGAAGCUGAGGUUGAUCUUCUUGGAGAUGAGGUUGAAUCACUCUUGGAUCUUCUUGAGAAAAUAUAUAUAGCUCUCGAUCAUUACUCUCCGAUCCUAAAGCAUUACACUGGCAUCUCUCAGGCUUAUUUCAUGCUGUUGAUUGACAAACUACGGAUUAAGAAGGUGCGGAAGGAGAAUCAUGGAUUUGUUGUAGCUUUAAAGAGUUUGAAAGAUAAUACUUGGGAAGGGAACGUCUCCAAGACUCGAUGUUGGGGUCGGUUUAGAGAUAAAUUUAGUCGGCCCCUUGACACAACACAGAACACAGUUUACGGCUGCAGACAUGACCUCUCGAUCCUUUAUAUGCCAUAUGGCCCAUGUGAUUGUAGACAAUUCUCUGAGAAAAGAGAAGGUUACAACGGCGAGAUCUCCAUAAUAGGUUGUGUUGGUAACUACAAUAAAGUUUUUAGAGAAACCAACCAAGCAGAGAUACAGAGAGACUGUGAUAAUGUUUUCUUACUCGUAAGUGACUGUAAUUAUGAUGAGUACCACAAUUACAUCAAGCAACAAGGUUUCAACUUUAUCCAAGGAGAAGUUCGACCACCAAAAGCGCAAAACUCAUAUCGAGCAAUGAAGGAUACCACCAAGAACUCAACCGAGGAAAUACUUAUGCAUGCAGUCAAGGGUAACUCUCUUCUUUACGCAGAAGCGAAGAUCAGCAAGCGGAGAUCUCAAGAACGCUGUAAAAGUACUCCAGAACCAGGAAGAAGAAGACGUGGGUUUGGUCAUGGAUACCAUCUAGUGAAAGGCCAAAUGGGGCAUGGCAUGGAAGACUACAUCGUGGCUGAUGAAAAAUCAGUUAAUGGACACAAUCUUGGUUUAUACGCUAUAUUCGAUGGACACUCAGGCCGUGAUGUUGCGGAUUACUUGCAGAACCAUCUCUUUGAUAACAUCUUGAGUCAGCCGGAUUUUUGGGAAAACCCAAAGAAGGCAAUCAAGAGAGCGUAUAAAUCAACGGACGACUACAUUCUCCAUAACGUGGUGGGUCCAAGAGGUGGCUCCACGGCUGUGACAGCUAUUGUCGUCGACGGGAAGAAACUUGUGGUUGCAAACGUUGGUGAUUCAAGAGCAAUCUUGUGCCGUAAAAGUAAUGUAGUCAAACAGAUUACGGUCGAUCAUGAACCUGAGAAGGAGAGAGAUCUUGUCGAGAGCAAAGGCGGCUUCGUCUCCAAAACGCCAGGUAAUGUUCCAAGAGUCGAUGGACAACUAGCGAUGACACGUGCUUUUGGAGACGGAAGCCUUAAAGAGCAUAUUAGUGUGAGGCCGGACAUAGAGAUUGUCGACAUCCAUGGUGACACAAAGUUCUUGAUCUUGGCAAGCGAUGGACUCUGGAAGGUGAUGUCGAACGAAGAAGCUUGGGACCAAAUCAAAGAGAAUGAGAAUGCAGAGGAAACUGCGAAAUCGCUUAUCGAUGAAGCGUUGGCUAGAGGAAGUAAAGAUGAUAUCUCUUGUGUUGUUGUUUCCUUCAACUAA